AUGUUCUUUGCACAUUUAUAUCAGAAAGCUGCAGAAAGAGGAGGGUAUGGUGAUGAGAGAUAUGAAAAGCUGGACUUUCAGAAGAAAGUUGCUGAACAUUACGAAGUUCUUCAUGAUGCCUCCUGGAAGGUUGUAGACGCUUGCCAACCCAUAGACGAUGUGGAGAAACAGUUGCAAGAGAUUGUACUUGCUUGUGUCACAGAAUGUCAAAAGGGAAAGUCCCUCUCCUCGUUGUGGUCGACAUAG